AUGCUGAGCUUCUAUUGUUCCACAUCGGUCGUAUCAGGCGGGUCGCCUUCCCAUCGGACGGGUAAAGUCAAAAACACGCAAAGGGUAAUCAUCCAAAGCCCUAGGGAUUCAUCCUCCGAACCCAACAGUGAUUUCGGGAAUGACACUCAUCAUACGGAUGAUGAUGAUGAUGAUGAUGAUGAUGAUGAUAAUGACUCGGCUGAUGGUAGAUCACCGAAAACGAGAACCAGAACCGGAGAAGGUCCUUCAUCAUCACAUGCAGAGAUGGCAAUCCCACCGUCAAUUCCGAAGCCUCGCCCCAUCAAGCUGGUGAAAUGUGGUGCACUGCUGACAUUGCGAAUGGGAGACCUCCUGGCAGGGUUAACCAAUGGCAACAUUGGUGAGGUUGACAAUGAUGUUGCAAUGGAAGGGAGGAAAACAUUGCCGGCUCUGAAAAUGAUGCGGGGAAAGAAAGCAGUGAUUGAGCCAUCGGCGAGGACCACCCAGAGUCGGAAACUUUAUAACGAGUGUCGGAUUGCGAGCGUGACGGAGUAUGACGGUGAACGAAUGGUAAUAUUUCGCAAUUCAACUAAGAACUACGAGAAUAUUCUGGGUGAUCCGCAGAGUCGGGAAACAGCUCCCAACUACUGGAUGAUGAUUGCUACGGGUCACUACAGAGUAUUUAAAUGGACAAGACACGGGAUGGACAAGUGCGCUGUGAAGUGCGAUCAGGCCGAUGCGAUGUCCGAAGGUCCGAUGCACCGGAUCCUGAUACGGAGUGGCUCGGACAUGUGCGAAAGUGCGUCACACAUGUGCGCAUAUGUUUCGGGUGUUGACAUGAGUAUGGAAAUACGUGGUUUUGAGCCCAAUGCCGCGACCAUCGCUACACCGGGUAAACCGGGAGGCCUGGUUGAUCACAUUGAGCCAGAGGUGAAUGAUCUACCUCCAGACCAUUGGAUGACACAGAACAUGAUUCUGGGCCAUCAGCCAGCCCAAGAUUUAAUUGAUCUGAGGAUGUCUGGUAAAUUGAUAAGAGGGUCAUUGAAUCUAACUGUAGCAGGGGAGUUCAUGUUCUGUGAUGAACUGAUUAUUGAUAACUUCGAAGUUGAACACAAGGCGCCGGCAAUUGCCAAAAUUGACACCUCUUUGACCGGCCUCAAGGAAAUCACUGCCAAGAUCAUGGCCAUCGUCACCGGCACUCGGCAGCUUCCUCCGGGCCACAGCCACUUUUCUCUGACAACCCAGGCCGAUGCGGUCUGGCAAUAUGGGAGUGGUCCCUACCUUCCGGGUCUCGUCUGGCCCAACUGGCACAGCAUUGGGUACAACGAUACCCAUUUGUUGAUGCACCCCUGGCACAGCAAGGUUCUUGCCUGGGAGGAGUUAGGUGAUCACACUUUUGAUCUCCUGGUCGUGUCCGGUCCUUCAGUAGGUCCAAUUCCUGUGGAUCUUCCACCCUCACCUGUCAUCACCGGGCCUUCUACCAACCCUGCCUCCGAGUCCCAGGAGAAGGGAAAAGGUAAGGCAGUUGUCCCGGACCCGGAACCAGAAGUGGAAGGGAGUCGGAAGAGGAAGUCUCCAAUGAUUCUGGCACUUCCCUCCCAACCCCCGAAGUCCACUAUGAAGACUUGGAAGCGGGCGAAGACCACCGGCCUUGCCAAAUUCAAGGUGUUUGUUGAGUCAGAAGAUGAGGAGGACUCAGUCACUCAGCCGAUUUCAUGUGGGGUUCCGGAGGUCGUCCUCCCCCGGCUCUCCCCAGAUGUUGCAAGGACAUCUGGAUCACCUCGGUCACCCCGGAGCCCAAAGAAGAAACCCUUCGGGCCUGCUAUGGCAAUUGCCGGCAAAUGUCCAGAGGUCAUCGAGCCCCCUCAGGCAACUCCCGAACCUCCGGUAGAGGCACCCCCAGUCAUCGACGCUGGUGAUAUACUCAUUCCCGGACCCAAUAACCCUUGCCAGGCUUGCCACAAGAUGGAAUGGCCCUGCGCAACUCGGUUUGACAAGAGGACCGGUGCCCCAUGCAUGUCCUGUGUCUACUGCACCACCAAGAAGAUCAAGUGCAUCUCCAGUCAAUCUCGGGUCUCUUCCGUCACUCCCAGUCCAUCUGGUGCCCAAACACCAAAGGUGCAAAUACGCGGUCGCAGCAAGACUGUCACUGCUGCCAAGGAACCUACACCUGCACCAGCUCUCCCAUCUUCGACUUCCAGAGUUCCUCGUUCGGCACUCAAUGUGCCAAUGCCGGAUUUGCAUGCCAUGGCAAUGGCAAUUUGGGAGGGCCUUCGACGUGAAAUCAUCCUCCAGCACCCAACAUUUCCACUUCCAGAUGCCCAAGGUGAUGCAACAUCAUUUUUGCUUCAUCAACCCAUCCCUCCGGCCAUGUCAACCCCUGCAUCCGCACUUCCUCCUCUCAUUGACCUGUCUAUGGAAGGGAUGGAGCCCAACCCCCCCAGCCUCCAGGAUGAGUCUGUCAUUGACGGACUCAUAUUUGAGCUCAACCAAAUUCAUCCUGAGGUUUCACAGAUGCCUGGCAAAAUUGUGAAACUGGAUGAUCUGGGCAAUCUUUUACCAGAGUAUGAUUCAGUUGAAGAGAUGGAUGUUCAAGUGAAGGGUGAACCUUCUGUCAUAGAUGUAUAUGCGAUGUUUUCAAUCAAUGUUACCUUUGUUAUCAUUGACUUAUUGAUUCACCGAGUGCCGAGUCGAGGCCUGGUCGCCACAUCAUUCGAGGUUUUUGACAGUGGAGGUGUAUGGAAGAUGUUAAUUGGCAAUCCUCUGUUGGAACAACUCAGCGCGGUACACGACUACGCAACAGACCAGAUUUCUCUUCCUUCUUCUCCUAUCCCAGUUAUCAUUACUAACAUGUACAACACAUGGGCUAACAAACAGUAUGUCUUUGAACUAACCCCACAGGUAACCCAACAUCAACUGGACGCAUACACGACGGCCUUAUCAAACGCAGGAGCGCACAUCGUGGUAGCCAACAAACGCCCAGUAAUAUCCAUGGCAACCACACCCUUAUCAGACACACCAUGUUCACCAGUCUCGUUCCCUCCAGAGUCCACACCGAACACACAAGACGACAAGGAAAAUAAUGUCUGGCAGGUACACGUGGACACCAACGAAGUCCUGGGUGAAAUCCCUGACUUUCCGAAGUCAACACAAACCACCAAUGUGUUCACUCGUCAUUUGGACCCAUUCAAACUGGAGCGGGUAGCAGAAGUGAUGCGAUCCAUCACGAUAGGAGAGGAUUUGUCAGAAGAACAGAGACAACAGGUGCAUGCUCUAUGUGAGGAAUUCGCUGACACAUUUGCUCUGGCAGUUAGCGAAGUCUACCCGGUGACCUUCAAGACCUUCAAACUUACCUUCCCAGAAGGCACCACCUUUUCCACUAAGCUUGAAGUGGCCGGUAUCAUAUGGAGGAUAGCCCCAGAAGACGUUAAGGCCGCAAGCCCAACGGUGUUGGCCCAGAAGGUGCAUGACUCGGAAGGACCGUCUUUCGAGGAACUACUUCACCAAGUCAACGAUCAAUGUUGA